AGAAACUUAAAAGUGCAGUUCAUUAGAUAGUUAUCAUUUCCGGCAAAGGCGAGGAGAAGAUCGUUCAGAUAUUCUAGACAAAAAAGACUGCGUGCCUAGAACGAGACUGAAAUCAGACAGAGACGACGACGCAGACAUGGCCUCAGCUUGCAGCAUCCUGUAUGAAGAACAGGUCCUGUGUUCAAUCUGCCUCAGUGAGUUCAAAGAGCCCGUCUCCACUCCAUGUGGACACAACUUCUGCAAGGGCUGCAUCACCCAGUACUGGAACAGUCAGGACAGUAGACCUGCACAGUGUCCCCUCUGCAAAAAGAAGUUGGGCAAUAAACCGAAGCUGCAGGUUAAUUCAGAGUUCAGAGACGUGGUGGAGCAUUUCAACCAUACGAGAUUAAAGACUGGUCCCAAGAUUGUUGCCCAACCAGGAGAGGUUCCAUGUGACAUCUGCACCGAACCCAAGCUCAAAGCCCACAAGACGUGCCUGGUGUGUUUGGCCUCGUAUUGCAAGCCACACCUGGAGUCCCACCAGAACCUGAAGAAGCACAAGCUGAUCGAUCCUGUGUCCAACCUGGAGGACAGGGUGUGCAAGAAGCACGACAAGAUGCUGGAGCUCUUCUGCCGCACAGACCAGAAGUGUGUUUGCAUAAUGUGUUUAAAUGACGACCACACGGGGCACGAGGCUGUCCCACUGGAGUGCGGCUUCAAAGACAGGAGAGGCAUGUAUGAGAAUGUGACCUUAGACAUGAAAAAGACGGAGAACUCCAAAUCACAGAGUGUUAAAAAACUCAAAGAUUCAGUUCAGAAGAGCAGGAAAAUAUCCGUCAACGACAUUGGACAGAUUGCAGAAGUUUUGGCAGCCCUGGUGCUUUCUUUACAAAAAAAGCAGGAUGAACUGGUUAGAGCAAUCAAACAGAAGCAGAUAGAAUCAGAGAAACAAACUGAAGGUCGGAUCACUCUGCUGGAGCAACACCUUUCUGAUUUGAGAAAAAGAAGGUCUGAAAUUGAGCAACUGAUAAAGUCAGAAGACUAUCUUUACCUGCUGCAGAACUGUCCAUCCAAUUUUACAUCUGCGAAUGCCACUCUGUUAGACCCACUUACUGAACAGCACACCUAUGCAGGGUUGGUGAAACAGUCAGUAGGUCAAAUAAAAAAGAGCAUCAAUAGGGAGAUAGACAUGCUGAUUCAGAAGAUCAGUUCGUCUGAUUGCUGUGGAGCUGAAAACAUGAGACCUUCUACCCCAAAUGUGUGGCGUCCGCCGAAGGACAAGCUGAUGAUGAUCCAGCAAUGCAAUGCAGUCGAUGUGACUCUGAACUCCUAUAGCGCCCACCCAUACAUCAUUGUAUCCGCAGAUGGGAAGACACUGAGCUAUAGACCAACAGAGCACUUCUUUACUCCUUUGGGCUGGCGAUUCAGACAUUACUAUGCUGUUCUGGGAAAUGAAGGUUUUUCUUCAGGUCGGUUCUACUACGAAGUUGAGGUCAACCUGAACAGAUCCUGGACCUUGGGAGUGGUCAAAGAGUCCAUUAACAGGGAUGAGUUGUUCCCAUUCACACCUGAGCAUGGAGUUUGGGUAUUUUUGGGCUCGCUGUGUCCACCAAACAUCAGGAGAAUUGGUGUAUUUGUUGAUUACGAGAGGGGAGAAGUCUCCUUCUACAACACAGAGACCAGGGAUCUGUUGCAUUCCAUCGCAGGAUGUUGCUUCACUGAGACAAAAACAGGACUGCAAGCUUUUCUUUACUCUGUUGUUGGACUCUCCACUGUUCACAGACCAAAGCUCCACCCUUUCUUUUUACUAAGUGGAUUUUUGUCUGAUAGUCUUACUAUCACUCCUGUGGAAUGUACAUCCCAAGAUGCUUGAGAAGUGUUUUUCUUUUACUCAAAUGAAUAUUUUUGAUAGUUCCUACUAUCCCUUAUAUACAAUAGCGAGCAAUAGUGGAACAUUUCUCUGUAACAUGUCUUCCUUACAAGUUCUCAACAUCCAUCAGAUCUCCAAAAAUACAUAUUAAAAUAAAACAAAGUCUUCCUUUAAAUCUCUGGGAGACUGAGAAUAUUUUACAACCAAACUAUCAAAAAUUGUGGAACUUAUGUGCGAAACUCUGACUUUGUUUCAACAAUUUAAUGAAUUUUAAUUAGUCUAAUUAUUUGUAAACGCACACGUAUACAGCGUCUUAUCUGUGUUUGAAAAAUUAAAAAAAAUUUUUGUUUCAAGCCAGUUUUUAAAUGCAUUCAUCUAUAUGAAACGAUAAAUGUGUUGCAAAUACAUAAUGCAUAAAUUAUAGAUUUCAAAUAAUACUAUAUUAUAGUACCUAUAAAUACAUACAGGGAUUUUAACGUAUAUGUGAGGGGGCACUAAUUUACUGUGUGUAAUUAGAACUGUGCAGUUGCCUGCAACUGAUUGGGUCAGCAGGUCACUGCUUUUACUGACCGCGAUCUGUGUCAUGUGACUAACAUUUAAUGGUCACAUGACAUGUGAUAUAGAUACAUGAUGUAGAAACGUAGAAAUAGAUAUUUAAAUCUACAUCACAGUAUUUUUUAGACAGUCUUUGAAUGUAGGUCCUCUGUGAUAAUUUGGUCACUUUCUCUUUUCUUUAUCGUGUUGUGGUGGGAUGGUGUUCCCCCCUCCCCACUCUGCGCACCGGGUGCAGCAGGAAGCGCACCAUUGAUUGGUGGGCGGGGCAGAUGCCUAUAUAGUUGGGCGGGCCGCUGCAAGGUGCGUGCGUCUUUGUUUCUCCCACUGUUGCUGCGGUCGGCGGCUACAUGUCGGCUUGUGGGUUUGGUCGACUCAUCUGCGAUCUGUUGCUCUGCUGGCGUUGCCGCCUGCAGCUGGGGGUUGCUGUGGCGGGCGGCUUCAAUCUGGUCCUCACCUGCUGACCCGCUUCCUCCCGGGUUAGGCUGUGUUUCCACCCCUGGGUAAGCUACCUGUUUAAUGUUUUUCUUAUAUGGAUCCACAGUUAAUGGGCUUUCUGUUUCAGGCACUUGAUUGUGUUUGGAGCUGCAGCGCUUUGGACGCUCUGCUGUCUUGUCUUGUUUGAUUGGGCCACUCAAAUAAACCUGUUGCGGAUUGGGCAGGCUGUGUGUGCGGGGCAUUUCUCCUCUGGCCCCAUCGAAGGGCAUUUGGAAGCGGAUGACAACGACUUGUUCCUUGUUUUGUUUUGUGAUUGAAGUUACUAAUUUGUUUGGUUUUGAUUUACUAAUUUGUUUUGCAUUGCAUGUUUUUAUUUCUUUGGAAUAAUUGAACUUGUCUGUCCUGUUUCCUUUUGUCCCAGGGACCGAGUAGUGGGCCUGAAGCCUCGUUUUUAAAAGGAAUUGUUUUAAAGGAAUUGUUAAAUAAAAUAUUGUGCACUGAAAGGUCUGUGUUCGGGUGCAUCUUGUUAAUUUUAAAAAGAUCUCCACCUGCUGGUCACAGU